AAUGGAAAUGAUAAGCGCCGGUGAUGCCUUGAUUGUGCUAGGAUCUCAGACAGUAUUUUUCAUACUUGGUUGGCUAUUUUUUAUGAAGCAACUUUUUCGUGAUUAUGAGGUAGAUCAGAAGGCAGUACAAAUAUUUUUUUCUGUAACAUUUGCUAUCUCGUGUACACUUUUUGAGCUUGUUAUCUUCGAAAUUCUAAAUGUUUUGAGUAAUAGUUCGCGUCUUUUCACUUGGCGGACCUGUUUAUAUACGAUAUUGGUUCUUCUCAUUUGUUUAAUGCCUCUUUAUUUUUAUUACUCGCUCAUUAGAAUGCAAAGAUUCGUUCCACUUAGUUGGGUGAUGCCGCUUACACUUAUUUGUUGGCUAAUAACUAUCUAUGCAUUUUGGCGACUUGGUGAUAAUUUUCCAAUACUUAGCGCUAAGCACGGCAUUUUUUCAAUGCAACAAGCUGUAUCUAGAGUUGGUGUCGUUGGAGUAACAGUAAUGGCUAACCUUUCCGGCUUUGGUGCUGUCAAUGCACCUUAUACUUGCAUGAGCAUCUUUAUGCGCCCGGUAACGGAGGAUGACAUCGCACAGCUCGAACGAAAAUUGCGUCAGAAUUUUGAUAUGAUAGUUGCUAAAAAGCGUAAAUUAGCAUUGAAGGAGCUUGAACUCAGCAGAAUUGGAACAUUCAAAGCCGCACCGACUGGAACAUUGCGUGAUCAAAUAAGUGAAAUUUUGCCGUUAGAAGAAUUUGGAAAGCAUCUAUUUUUGGAGCUAGUUGAAGCACAUAAUGCAAAGAAUCGCGUAGAAUACAGCAAAACUUGGCAGGGGAUAUAUUUCAACAUCGUGGGACAUUUUUUCUCUAUCUAUUGUAUAUGGAAAAUUAUCAUAUGCACGAUUAAUAUUGUUUUUGAUCGUGUUGGCAAGGUGGAUCCAAUUACAAAAGGAAUGGCUAUUGUCGUGCACCACAUGGGCUAUCAAAUAGAUGUCAGGUUCUGGUCUCAACAAAUUUCUUUUCUCGUCAUUGGUAUAAUUGCUGUUACAUCGAUUCGUGGAUUAUUGAUAACCAUUGCGAAGUUCUUCAAUGCUAUUUCAAAUAGACAAUCCUCUAAUCUUGUAGUGCUUGGAUUGGCUCAGUUGAUGGGAAUGUAUUUUGUAUCAAGCGUACUAUUAAUCCGCAUGAAUAUGCCCUCUAAAUACAGGGUAAUAAUAACUCAAGUGCUAGGCGAACUUCAAUUCAAUUUUUAUCAUCGUUGGUUCGAUGUUAUCUUUUUGUUAUCUGCCUUAUGCAGCAUACUAUUCCUCUAUUUAGCACAUAAAAGAACACCAAUUAGAUGA